AUCUAACUAUUACCAUACCGCAAUACCUAUUGCAACCCAUGCCAUCUCAUCGUGAUACGUGCAGACUUACGCGCAUAGCAUCAACGGUGGAAUUAAGUUGAUCACGGUGCCUUCCCUGAUGUUGCAAUAGUAGAGCUUUUGUCUUCUCGCCAUCUGUUCUCAACGAUACCCUUAAACAUGGCUGUGUCCUUAUAUGCUAUAGCUAUUUCCGUCAUUGCUAUUUUGCUGAUUACCAGAUGGAUCACCGGCUCCCGUGUUCUCAAGUCCAAUGAAAAUAGGCCGCCGUUAGUCCCGUUCUGGGUGCCGUUUGUUGGAAACGCGGUAGAGCUGAUAUUGUUUCCGGAACGAUUCCUUGACUACGCGAGGACUGCCACAUUCGAGAAGGGAUACUUCGCGCUACUCUUGCUUGGUAGAAAACUCAAUGUAAUCUACCAGCCUGACAUCGCGUACCACUUGCUUUCCCAAACAACAGAUGGACACGACGCUCAGUUCGACUUUAGCAGCGUGUCUGCAACAGUUAGACGGAAUGCCUUCGGAUUGCAGAAACUCCCUGAUGAGACCAUGGAGCGUAUUCUUCGGGAGCUACGAAAGGCAUAUAUCCAGAACCUGAAAGGUCACGGCGAAGACACCUUGCUCUCCAAAACCCUUGGCGAAUGGAGUCAGACACUACCAGAUCUUAUGUCAUUCAACGACAGUCUGGUCGAUCAAAUGCCAUGGGAGAGGGCAAGCAAGACCCUUCCUCUCGUUGAGGGGAAGGAGAAUACGGAGUCGGCCGACACGAAUCUCUUUGCUCUCAUUCAAAGCUUCGUCAUGCACACGGUUCUUCAACAUCUAUUCGGUGUCUCAUUUCCGGAAGCCGUACCGACCCUUCAGGAGGACAUCCAAAUGUUCAGCAAUGCUUUCCUCCUUCUAUCACUUGGGCUUCCCCGGUGGGCACCCAUCCCGAGAGUCACGAGCGCCCAUAUCGCUCGUCAUCGUAUGUUGAACCAGCUCACAUCCUACCACCUAGCCGUUGCUCGCUAUCGUGCAGGAGAGGAUGAGCCUUCGUCCUCGGAAUGGCGAGACGUCAGCGAUGUUUCUGAGCUUGUGGAAAGUAUACACAGGACCAUGUUCAACAACGUUUCUCCAAAUUCAAGUGGAAAUGCGACGCAGCUAGCGGCUAGGGCAGCGGCGUCUGAGUCUCUGCUUCUGAUAUGGUCUAUUUCAUGCAAGCUUUCCGGGAUCAUCUACUGGACGCUAUUCCGCAUUGUGGCGAUCGAGGGUCUCGCAGACCGCAUUCGCUCUGGCAGUUCGAAGGUAGUCAUCGCCACGCAACCUCCUCCGUUGAUGUCAAUGUAUCCCCCGCCUCGACUGAACUUCAUGGUUGAUGAUGUUUUCCCGACCUCUCCUCUUCUCGCGUCUUCUAUCCUUGAAUCUUUCCGCGUCUAUGCAAGAUCGUGGCUCUUUCGGCAAGUACGGAAAACCACCACCUUCCCCUCUAAAGGCGGCGACAGAAGCUCUCAGAUUUCAACGAGAAGCGGAGAGCUUGUCGCAAUUCCUGUGUUCAUGUCCAGUCUUGGACAUAGCACUUCUACCCCGAAACGUCACUGGGUUGCGGAGCGGUUUGAAGAAGAGCUCAAUGAUCCACAUCCCCCUCCAUUCAACGAGGGGUUCCAACCAUCAGAAAAUGGGAAGUGCCCGGGGAUUGACAUUGCUCAAUCUGGAGUAGCAGCCUUUGUCGCUGGGUUUCUGUCUUUGUGGGACAUUACGCCAGUUGACAAUCAAGGACAUCAGUUGCCCAAGCCAACACAAGGACUCUGUAUCCCGCGACCACGGGGCGAUACACGAGUUCGAAUCUCCAAGCGAAAUCUCCCCAUUGCGGAAUUUUAGGCAAUCUCCGUUUGUACAUGAGCUUGAGAGUUGUUCCACGGCAGGUUGCUAGAAUGCGUGAGGUCAGUGUAGCGGAUGAUCUUGUUAUCAGAAUUCUACCACUCGCACUACUUCUUAUGCGUUCAUAGCUGGCUGUUGUGCAAUUUCCAUGCAGUUUAGAGAACUCUGAUAUCGUGACAUAGACUCCAAUCUGCUAGGACGGUCAUACCACAAUCGCGCCUCGAUAUUGAUGGCCUUGCAGUAUAUCACCUGGACUUUGAAACUGGUUCAUCCUUCCCCUAUAUUACCUCUUUUUAUUAUCUCCGACGACUUGGGGGGAUGCUUAGGCCAUCAAUUACUUCCAGAACUAUGCGUUGAUAUUGAUAGCACUGGACGACAUCAAGGGGAAAAUCAUUUCAUUUUAGUCUACCUUGGAUGGAAAAUGUCCCCUCAUCUUUAUAUUUAAAAUUUUGUAGACUACUUGGUAGCUAUCAUGGAAAUCAUUCGC